CAGUCUCAAAAAGUUCACUCAUCAAACCCUAGCCUCUUUCUCGAAGCCCAAAUCAAAUGGCUUCACGGCGACUCCUCGGCUCUCUCCUCCGCUCCACUUCUCGCCGAUCUCUGUCUAGAUCGUCGAACGCUAAUCCUCGUCUAUCUUCUCCGAUUCCUACGCGCCACCCUAUUCGCUGCCCUUACUUUCUCUCACGCGAUGCUAAGUACGCCACAUCUGCAGCCGCAGCCGCUCCUGCUGCUCCAUCGCAGCCUCCUUCCGCUAAGAAAGGCGGAGGAAAAGGUAAGAUCACGGAUGAGUUUACUGGAGCAGGAGCAAUCGGUCAGGUUUGUCAAGUGAUCGGUGCCGUCGUUGAUGUGAGAUUCGAUGAAGGUUUGCCUCCUAUUUUGACGGCUCUUGAGGUGAUGGACCACUCGAUCCGGCUUGUGCUGGAAGUAGCUCAGCAUUUGGGUGAAAACAUGGUUAGGACCAUUGCUAUGGAUGGAACGGAGGGACUUGUUAGAGGGCAGCCUGUCCUCAAUACCGGAUCUCCGAUCACUGUGCCUGUUGGUAGAGCUACACUUGGUCGAAUCAUAAAUGUUAUAGGAGAGCCUAUUGAUGAGAAAGGCGAACUCAAAACCGAUCACUACCUGCCCAUUCACAGAGAGGCACCAGCUUUUGUCGAUCAAGCUACUGAACAACAGAUCCUUGUCACUGGCAUUAAGGUUGUUGACCUCCUUGCCCCAUAUCAAAGAGGAGGAAAAAUUGGACUUUUUGGUGGUGCUGGUGUAGGAAAGACUGUGCUUAUUAUGGAACUUAUCAAUAAUGUUGCUAAAGCUCAUGGUGGUUUCUCGGUGUUUGCUGGUGUUGGAGAGCGCACAAGAGAGGGCAAUGACUUGUAUAGGGAAAUGAUUGAGAGUGGUGUCAUCAAGCUAGGUGACAAGCAGGCUGAAAGCAAGUGUGCUCUUGUCUAUGGUCAAAUGAAUGAGCCACCUGGUGCUCGUGCUCGUGUUGGACUUACUGGUUUGACUGUGGCUGAACACUUCCGUGAUGCUGAAGGGCAGGAUGUGCUUCUCUUCAUUGACAACAUUUUCCGAUUUACUCAAGCAAACUCAGAAGUGUCUGCUUUGCUUGGUCGUAUUCCAUCUGCUGUUGGUUACCAACCGACUUUGGCUACUGAUCUUGGAGGUCUUCAAGAGCGUAUUACCACCACCAAGAAAGGUUCUAUCACUUCUGUGCAAGCCAUUUAUGUGCCAGCUGAUGACUUGACUGAUCCGGCUCCUGCAACAACCUUUGCUCACUUGGAUGCUACCACUGUGUUGUCUCGUCAGAUCUCUGAGCUUGGUAUUUACCCUGCUGUGGAUCCUUUGGAUUCUACAUCUCGUAUGCUCUCUCCACAUAUCUUGGGUGAGGAACACUACAAUACCGCCCGUGGUGUGCAGAAGGUUCUCCAAAACUACAAGAACUUGCAAGAUAUCAUUGCCAUUUUGGGAAUGGAUGAACUCAGUGAAGACGAUAAGUUAACUGUUGCUCGUGCUCGAAAGAUCCAAAGGUUCUUGAGCCAGCCUUUCCAUGUAGCAGAAGUGUUCACUGGUGCUCCUGGCAAGUAUGUGGAGUUGAAAGAGAGCAUCACCAGCUUCCAGGGUGUGCUGGAUGGAAAGUACGAUGAUCUUCCGGAGCAGUCGUUUUACAUGGUUGGAGGAAUAGAGGAAGUCAUUGCCAAGGCGGACAAGAUUGCCAAGGAAUCCGCAGCCUAAGUAAAUCCACAUAUGAUGAUGAUACCUUUGUUCGAUCUCUUGGUUAGCUGCAAAAAUAAUGUAGGUGGUGUUGGCCUUGCCAUUGCCAGCAAUGACAGGACUGCUCAUUUUUUGCCAUCAAAUGUACCAGAGUGUUCUUUUGAUUUAUGCUCCAACGAUUUUUCCUCGAGUAUGGAGGAAAGAGAACCCCAGAACCCCUCUUUUUUUUCUAUAUAUAUAUUUAAUAAGGGGAAAACAGCGGAUGUGUACAUUUUUUCACCUAUCGGUUCUUUGAGAAACGCUGUAUGACCAUGUUAUCAUUUGACUUCCAUUUGUGCGAUAAAGAUG